AUGGAUAGAGAAGCCUCAGCUAAGCCCGGAGAAGGACAGUGUUUUUUGCAGGUCACCAAGCAGAGGGCAGGAUGGAAAUUGCCCAUCUUCCUCACGCUGUGCCUGUUGCAAGGUUCUGCUUUGACCCCUCCACAGAGAAGACCCCAUCUCAGAUGCCUGCGGACCGUCUCUCUGCCCUCUGCACCCCGCCUCUGGGCCAAGGAAACACUCACUCCUUUCUCACCCCUCUGCGGGAGAGGGAAGACAUCCAUCGCAGACGCAAACGCACUGAAGGGCCCGAGGCUGGUGUCUGGGGAGCCGGGGGGAACUGUCACCAUCCAGUGCCAUUAUGCCCCCUUGGCCAUCAACGUAUACGAGCGGAAGUACUGGUGCCGUCUCAGCCCCCUGACGUCGUUCUGCCACACCAUUGUGUCCACCACUGGCUAUGCUCAUCUUGGCUACCGUGGCCGCGUGACGUUUGCAGACUUCCCGCAGAGAGGCUUGUUUGUGGUGAGGCUGUCCCAGCUGUCCCCGGAUGAUGUGGGCCGCUACCGCUGUGGCAUUGGGAAGAGAAACGACAUGUUCUUCUUCAGCAUGAAUCUGAACGUCUCUGCAGGUCUUUCCAGCGCCGUCCCCCCACCCACUCUGGCUGCGGGUGAGCUCGUCGUGGCAUCCCUUGGAACGGCAACACCGGUGGCCAACAGAUGGACCCCAGCAACCUCCCGGAUGACAGAAAGACAAGGAACAGGAUUCCACAGAGUUGCUCUGACUCCAGGAACCAGGAAAACAACAGCUUCCGCUGAGGGCAGGCAGACCCCAGGAACAACUGGGGCAGCAGCUCUAGGGACAGGUAGUCGGGUAGAGAGUUCUGUCCGGACAACAGUCCCCAUUCCAGAGAGUUCGGCUUCAACCAUCGGAGAUAUGUCCAAUACGACAGAAGGUGUUUGGGUGUGGGACACCAACGGCUCGGUAGGGGAUUCGGGCAGGCCCAGCGAGGAAGGGAGGGAGAUAACAACUACUGAGGCCGAUAGGCCACAAGAAGAAGCAGAGAAGGUCAGAACAGCUCUGGAUGUAGUUGGGAAGGUCAUAGGGACCAUCAGGCCAACAACUCUGGUCUCAGAAAAACGGGUGCAGGAAAUCUUGCAAGAAGCAACAGCCAUUGCUAAGCCCCAAGCCCUGGGCUCCAUUGAAAGAACUACCCCAGCUGCAGGCGUGUGGACCCUGGGGCCCUCCAGCAUACAGGUGGCGUCUGAGGAGGGAGCUACCGCAGGGGACCUAGACACGCCUGCUGGAUACAGCGAUCCCCAAGCAACACCAAGCCAGGCCCCGGCAGCUGGGCCCAGGAGGCCCCUGGGCAAGGGGUAUUCCAUGAAGAGGGCUUCUCCAGGAGAGAAAAACAUCUCUCGGAUCCUGACUCCUGUCUCUACGGUGCUCUUCCCCCUCACGCUCGUGGCUCUCGUCCUGUUGCAAAGGAGGCUCCGGAUAAACAGGCCCUCUCAGGAGACAGAAGGGACAGCAGGGGUCACCUUGAUUCAGAUGACGCAUUUCCUGGAACUGAGCCUCCAGCCAGACCAGCUGCCCCACGUAGAGAGGAAGAUAUUCCGGGAUGAGUCUCCUCCUCAGGCCCGUCUGACUGUCCCCGAGAGGCACCCUGGCCCCCAAGGAAUGGAACAAUAA